AACUGCUUCGAUAUCACAUGAUAAAACCUGCAGACGAUCGACGAGGAUCUAGCUGCUGCCGGGAGGGGAACCGUUAUCAUGAAGUCGCUACUGCUUCUGUCAACCUUGUUAGCGGUGUGUGCAACUGCAGUCGCCAUGAGCGCUACCGUCUACAUCUCACCGGCUGAUAAGAGUAUCCGUCUGGUGAAGGGUGUAGUGGAUAGUGAUAACGGAGCAGCUACUGGAUACUUCAACCAUUCUCAAAACAGCACAGGGUGGGAUAUACUGAGGAUUGUGACCGGCUCCACUCAGCAGUACAGCGACCAUGAUCUCAUGAGAGGGGCAGGAUAUGCAGAAGGGUAUCUCACACAAGUUCAGAUUUGGUACCAGUAUCAGAACCUCUACCAAGUACUGCUCUCCUCCUACACUCAGCAGGAGAUCCAACAAGUCAUGGACUACUUCCAGACGCAAAGACAGUGGAUGGAGGACAGGAUAAGCAACGACUCGGAGUUCUGGUACACUGUGGGCCUCAUCUACAGCCAGUUCCAGGGCCUCAUGGAAGGCUACAAUGCUGCUGCCGAUGACGAUCAUAAGCUGGACAUCUUUGCAUUUGAUCUACUGAAUGGUGCGGGAGACUUCAUCGACAUUUCAAACUUUCUGUUCCGUGGCAGAAGACCAGACGUCCAACAACUCACUCCCCCACAGCUCAAGUCAAUGCUCUAUAGAAAUGGCCACUGUUCCGCUCUGAUCAAAGUCCUUCCUGGCUUUGAAAAUGUCUUCGCAUCUCACUCCAGUUGGUUCACAUACUCAUCCAUGUACCGUAUCUACAAAUACUAUGACUUCACUAUGUCAGGAGGGGCAUAUCCAACCAAAAUGAUGUCAUUUUCAAGCUACCCUGGCUUUCUCGAGUCACUCGAUGAUUUCUACGUGAUGGACAGUGGGCUGGUGAUGCUGCAGACGACUAACAAUGUGUUCAACAUGACUCUGUAUGACUAUGCCACUCCAAAAGCCCUACUGGCCUGGCAGAGAGUGCGACUGUCCAACUGGCUGGCCUCAGACGGAGAACAGUGGGCCUUUCUUCUGGCACAGUUCAACUCAGGUACAUACAACAACCAGUACAUGGUACUGGACCUGAACAGAGUCCACAUCAAUCGGUCCAUUGAUGACGGAGCCCUCUGGGUCGUGGAGCAGAUACCGGGAUACGUUGGCAGUGGCGACGAGACUGAAAUUCUCCGCGACGGCUACUGGGCAUCGUACAACGUCCCAUUCUUUGAGAAGGUCUACAACAUGUCCGGCUACCCUGAGGUGGCGGAGAAGGUUGGACCAGACGCCACCUACCAGCUGUGCCCGAGGGCGAAGAUUUUUCGCAGAGAUCAGGGAAAUGUGAAGGACAUGGCCUCGAUGCAGUACAUCAUGCGCUACAAUGACUACACUCUUGACCCGUACUCUGAGAAAGAUCCCAUGAAUGCAAUCUGUAGCCGUGGAGACCUCCAGGAAAAACCAGAAGCCGGCGGUUGCUAUGACACCAAGGUGACUGACUAUUUCAUGGCUAUGAAGUCGACCGCUUGGGCUGAAAAUGGCCCAACUCACCAGGGUCUGUCUCCGUUCAGCUGGUCAAAGAGUGGUUUGACUGAUCCUCACCUCGGACAGCCUGACAUAUUUGACUUUGGGUUCAUCGAAAUGACUCCUCACUUGCCAUGAACCACUUCUACGCCCUAAGAGACUCUACUAACAUACCGUCUUAUUGUUGUAAUAAGUGGCGAAUAUGUGUAUUAACUCCUUUACAGGACCGUGAUUUUUACCAACCAAUUAUAUACCACAUUUGCUCCGUAAAUAAUGUGUAUAAUACAACGAU